UCCCCGCCAACGUCGCUCUCGGCCCGUCCGCCCGCCCGCUCCCCGCGCGCGUCUCCACUACCCCCUCCCUGCCAGAUCGCCUGCUCCAGCCGCGCGCGGCGGCCGGCCGGCAGGCGGGCUAACCUCCAAGCCGCAUCAUGGACUCCCCGGGCACCGCCGGCCCUCCGUCCUCCUCCGCCGCGGGCGACGCGCAGCAGCCGGUGGCGCUGGCGGUGGCGCCCCCGCAGCCGCAGCCGAUGCCCCCGCCGCCGCAGCAGCUGAGCAGGUACGAGUCGCAGAAGCGGCGGGACUGGAACACGUUCCUGCAGUACCUGCGCAACCACCGCCCCCCGCUGACGCUGGCGCGCUGCAGCGGCGCGCACGUCAUCGAGUUCCUCAAGUACCUCGACCAGUUCGGCAAGACCAAGGUGCACGCGUCCGGCUGCGCGCACUACGGCCAGCCCAGCCCGCCCGCGCCCUGCCCCUGCCCGCUCCGCCAGGCCUGGGGCUCCCUCGACGCGCUCAUCGGCCGCCUCCGCGCCGCCUACGAGGAGAGCGGCCACGCGCCCGAGUCCAACCCCUUCGCCGCGCGCGCCGUGCGGAUCUACCUCCGCGAGGUCCGCGACGGCCAGGCCAAGGCCAGGGGCAUACCCUACGAGAAGAAGAAGCGCAAGCGCACGCCCGCGCUCCCUGCCGGCGCUGCCGGGGAGGGGGCGAGCUCGUCGUCGGUCGCCGCGGCUGUCCCGGGCCGCGGCGAAGGAGGAGAGCAAAGUGGCAGCGGCACCACGGCGGCUUCACCACUGCCGUCACCCACCGGCGCCCAGGCUGAAGGGAGUAGCGUCGCUGCUGCUCCAAGCACCUCCCGAGUAUAGUAGAAUCAAUCACCUCGCCGACAAGAGACCUCCCUCCUUGUCGUAUUUGCUUCCCUACGUACGUGUCGGUAAUGUAUACAUCGUUCGCGCUUAUUUUGCAAGGUUUGAGCUAUAUUUCUCUUGCCAUUUGAUUUCACUAUCCUUCUCCUUUUUCUUGUUUAAUUUCUUCUUGUUGUCGAUCGAGUCCUUAUGAUUCUAGCUACCUAGGUCAGUGAGUAGCUGAGUAAGUAUGUGCCAGUCGGCAAAUGGUAAUUGAGAUUUGAAUAUUGGAGUUUUGGGAGCUGAACAAUUGAUCAGUGCUAGCUGUGGUGUUUUGCUCAUGUCCAAAUGUCCCAUACAUACCCUCAUGGUGACAUAACCGCAAGAUUUGAGGUAAAUUGGGUAUUUAAGAUCUCC